GCAUUUCUGCGUUCUUCCUUUUUCUGAGAAUUCGUUACAAAUUCUUGGUAAGUGGUGUUUUGUUGGAAAUUCAUUUGUUGUGAGCAGUGAUUGUUUUUAUGUAUUGACAAUAUAGUUGGUUAUAAGGGAGUUCGAAAUGCCGGCCUUACAAAAGGUUUUUCACCCAUCACCAAGAAAUGACUGUCGUGGAUACGCCGAAAUUCUUCAAAGGCAUUCCAUCAAUUCCUUGUUGGAUCAACCAGAGAUUCUGUCGCCUACUAGAGGUGAGACCAUGUCGUCGAUAUCGGAUUUGUUGGGACUGAACUCCCCGCGAGGAUUAAUUGGAUUGAAUUUUGGAAACGCUUCCAAUGACCUGCAACAAUGCACUUGUACGCCUCCAGCUACUUCGCCGAACUUUCAGUUGGAUUUUGAAGAGCCAAAAUUCCAGAUGAGCCCAAUGAAUUACGCAGCUGUCACUUCUCCGACAAAAAAUAUGCAGAGGAAUAUGAGUUUGGGAAGUGCGGGAACGUCUCCAUGUACGCCUCCAAGUUAUUUUUCUGCUCGUGCUUUGAGAGUUAGCACGUCGUUGAGUGACAGUUGUGGAAGCAGCAGCCCGGCCAUUUUAGAACGCCCCCUCAUGAACAGUCUUUCUCGAUCGCACACCCCCGAGUCCGAUUUGAGUGGAAUAUCCAGUCCCGAUGGAAGCCUGAACGAAAUAUUUGAUUCCUUGAACUUGAACGAUAACCUCGCUCGUAACAUUUUCUGUAAUGGAUCAAACGACUUGGAUAUAUCGAGUCUGCAGCAUUUGCAGGCCCUGCAGACUCUCAAGUAUCUCCAGCAGCAACCUUCUUCGCCUGCCCUGCUCAAUUCGUUGCUACCGCCUGCUUGUUCGCACAACAAUAUGCAGCAAAUAUUGGAUAAAUGGAAUGGCAAUUCAUCUCCGCUGAAAAACUUCCUGCCAGAAAACUUACAGCUGGACAGAGCAGCUCGUUUUCAUCGAUCUGCAGCCUCUCUGUACGAUGCCACAUGCACUUGGAGUGGGGUGUUACCUUCGCGAUCCAGCGUGAAACCCACAGGAUAUUCGAGCAAGGUUUUUUUGGGCGGAGUACCUUGGGACAUAUCGGAACAAUUGCUCGUACAAACUUUCAAGCAGUUCGGACCGAUUCGCGUAGAAUGGCCGGGCAAGGACAAGCAGGCUUCGCAGCCGAAAGGAUACGUUUACAUCAUUUUUGAAUCUGAGAAGAACGUUAAGGCUUUACUGCAGUGUUGCACUAACGAUUACGCCAACAGCGGCAAUUGGUACUACAAGAUCAGCUCUAAGAGAAUGAAGGCAAAGGAGGUGCAAGUUAUCCCUUGGAUUAUAAACGAUUCAAACUAUACCAAGUCUACUUCCCAAAAAUUGGAUCCUAGUAAGACAGUAUUUGUGGGUGCUCUGCACGGUAUGCUCAAUGCUGAGGGACUAGCAAAGAUCAUGAAUGAUCUUUUCGAUGGAGUAGUCUAUGCGGGUAUUGACACUGACAAGUACAAAUAUCCAAUUGGCUCAGGACGUGUGACUUUCAACAACCAGAAUUCCUAUAUAAAGGCGGUAGCUGCAGCCUUCAUCGAAAUAAAGACGUCAAAAUUCACUAAAAAGGUACAAGUGGAUCCCUACCUGGAAGACUCGCUGUGCUCCAUUUGCCAGGUCCAGCAGGGCCCCUACUUCUGCAGAGACAUGAACUGCUUCUGCUACUUUUGCCGCACCUGCUGGCAAUGGCAACACAGCAGCGAGUUCCGCCACCACAAGCCGCUCAUGAGAAACUCGAAGAACAACCAAGUCGUCGGUCUCGGCACCAUGCCGCCACCGCCAUCUCCAGCUCAAGGUGGAGGUGUCCCAUAUUUGUCGCAUGAUGCAUGUUGUUUUUCGCAGUCGCAGUAAUUUUUAUCAUUAUUUUAUUUUCGUUACCUAUGUGUUUUGUGUUUCACUAACAUGUUUUAUUUAUUUUUGUUUCAGUUUUUAUUUAUCUAGUGAGUAAGGGAGUAACUUUUUUUUUAAUUUGGGCGACAGGAUUAUGAAACGAAGCAGAAGUGUACCUUUUUGAGAAACAAUACAAAAAAAAGCAGAUAGAUUGAAUGUCUACCUUUUUUGUUUGAUGACUCCAACGAAAAACCUCCCACACACCAGAACUGUAAAUCUUCGGCGCGCGUUUCGAGAAGCAAGAUUUCCUCGUCAGGAGAUAUACUAUACUGAUUCUAAGUUGCCGAGAAAUUCAUUAAAGAGUGAAAUAUGAACUGUUUGGAAUGGGAUAUCUCAUGAAGUGACUUCUGAAAGCGUUCAAAAGUUCAGUGACACUAAACUAGUCUAUUUGAUGGAUAUGCACCAUGUAUUCUUUGACUCUGGUUUCAAUAGUUCACCUAGUCUGACCAAUAUACUUUUUUCCCUCAGUCUUCAGCUUAUUUCAGGAAUCACAGACUUUCCAGAUUCCAUAGACGUCUUCUCAGAUGAUCCAACACUUGAAGUGAACAACCUGAAAGCUAGUUUUUCUGGAAAGCUGAGAAUUUUUCGGCACCGUUCAAUCACCGUUCAAAAUUUGAUGUUAUAGGUCGAAAAAGGAUAUAGGAUAUAGGUGGAUAUAGGUCUGAUUCAGAUCAUUCAAAUCAGUUCGUUCAUUUAUUGACAUGAGGAAAUGUGUCAUAAUUUCUGGAGUGUGAGAGGUGUUUUUGUUGAAUCAGCUCACAAUUUAACGAACCUAGUUCAUCAGUAAGAAUGAGUGAACAUAAAGAAAUCGAAGAAAUUUAGACGAAUCAAUAUAUAAAUGAUAUGAUUGAAGGGGAUUCCAACGAUCUUGGUGGUAACUGGGUCUGUCGUAAAAAGUUAUCUAACAAAAUUAUUUUUUCCACGGGCUAGAAAUGUGAAAACGGCAUUUCCAAUGCACGUUUCUUCAACCAAGUUGACGUCUUCAGUUGUUGAUCGUAACUGCUUAAGCAAAGUUUGUGGAAGACACAUGAAACAACUGUUUUCACUGUUCUGCUAUGUGGAAAAAUCAUUUCAGUCCUACAUCAGAUCUGUUGAAGACUUGAUUGGUUUGGACUUGUAUAUCAAUUACAACUUAUUGUCUUUUAUAAAGAAAAGAAUGCUAGUUUCAUUUUCCUGGAGAGUAUUAUUGUAUGGCGUCCAAAUUCUUGUACUUGUCUUGAAAAUGUUUUGGGAAAUCUGUAGCUAAUAUCGGGUUCCAUGGAGUAGCAAAAAUGUGUCGAAUUUACAUUGGAAAGAGAAUCAAAACUUUUGCCAAUUUGCCAUUAUUUUUAACAUUGAAAAAUCGUUUCAUAUCAUGGACAAAGCACAUUUUUGUCUUCCUCAAACAGAGUAUUCACAGAUGAAGUGUGUAUCAAAACUGAUUAGUGCCUAAUUUUGAUAAAAAACGUUGCAACAUUCCCUUUGUAACAUUCAAUUAUAAUUCACAGGUCAAAAUACUUCAAUCCAUUGUUAAUGGUGCAAAAAUUUGGAUUUUCAUCCGUUUCGUGGUGCAAUUUAUUUUAAAUAUAUACCUUUUAUAGCUUAAGGCAUCUUCAUAAAUUUCAGUCACAAUCAAAGCAGUGUGAGAAGCUUGAAAAAAUAUUUUUUACGUAUUGAAAUCGGCAGGUACUUGAAAAUCCAUAAAUUAUUCAAGAGAGACUGUGAGGUUUUCAUUACACAGUUGUACAAAAACGCAACACGUGUUUUGCCAUACAAUGGCAUCUUCAGGCGUGUCUAAACUGACUAGUUAGUAGAGACAAUAGCUUCAGGCGUGUCUAUACUAACCAGUUAUCAAAUACACUAGUAUACACACUAGUUAAUAUAGACACUCCUAAAUAGCUUCUUCAGGCGUGUUCAUAUUAUCUGGUUAGUAAAGACAAUAGCUUCAGGUGUGUCUAUACUAUCUAGUUAUGCAAUACACUAAUAUACACACUAGUUAGUAUAGACACCCCUAAAUAGCUUCUCCAGGCGUGUCUAUACUAACUAGUUAGUAAAGACAAUAGCUUCAGGCGUGUCUAUACCAUCUAGUUAUUUAAUACACCAGUUAGUAUAGACACCCCUAAAUAGCUUCUUCGGACGUCUACUAACUAUUGUAUAAACUAGUCUAUACUAACUAGUUAGUAAAGACAAUAGCUUCAGGCGUAUAUAUACUAAUUAGUAAAGGUGUGCCUUCACUAACUAGUUAGUAAAUACACCAGUAUAGACACUAGUUAGUAUAUAGACCUCUAAAUAGCAUCUUCAGGCGUGUCUAUACUAACUAGUCAGUAAAUACACUAAAUUAGACACUAGUUAGUAUAGACACCCCUAAAUAGCUUCUUCGGGCGUGUCUACUAACUAUUCUAUAAACUAGUCUAUACUAACUAGUUAGUAAAGACAAUAGCUUCAGGCGUAUAUAUACUAACUAGUUAGUAAAGGUGUGCCUUCACUAACUAGUUAGUAAAUACACUAGUAUAGCCACUAGUUAGUAUACACACCUCUAAAUAGCUUCUUCAGGCGUGUCUAUACUAACUAGUUAGAAGAGAUAAAAGAUUCAGGCGUGUAUAUACUAACUAUUGUCUAUUCUAACUAGUUGGUAAGUUCACUAGUAUAGACUCGCGUGAA